AUUGAGUCUACUGGGGGAUGGGCUCCAUUUCAAGCAUAAAGCGAUGAUUCCCCCUGUGCGUUGCUUUGAUAUACAGGUUCGUUAGGAGAAGGCGUCUUGGUGUAGUUAUUUGUCGUUAUGUUUUGUGUCAUUGCAUCCCAGUGGCUGCAUUGGUCCAUCGUUUUCUCUCUUCACGGUCAGGAGCUCGGAAAAGCAGGUCUUGCGAGAUCGCAUGCAUGGAAGGGGUUUGUUGGACUCGUGUUCUACUUCAGGUCAGCCUCCUCGAGGUCUCAUUGCUUUGUCUCUUUCCCUUCCUUCCCCGGAGCCAGGUAUACCUGUUUUCACUUCCCUAUCUGUCUUACUGUGAUGGAUGGGUUUGUCUCUUGUUCCCUUUUUUUUUCGUUCACUGGCCUUGCACACAUAAAUCGGCGCGAGUUGUACUGGGGCGUGCAUGGCUGGAUUGCAUCUCGGUUGAGCAGAUACUGUCAAACAUGCAGGGUUUGCUUUUCUUUUGCAUGGCGGAUAUCUGCUUGGGAAAGUAUCUCUUUCGAGUAUCUGUCUCCUGGGAGGAUUUUGCUUUUAUAGGUCAUCCGGGUUCAUUUAGAGUCGUACGCGCUUUCGAGUUUCCGUCGGCAUCAUUUCAAAGCUGCGCGAUAUCCUGUCCCUACAGCAUCCUUUAUCCCCCCUUUUGAUAGCAUCUACACGGAUUGUGCGAUUUUCUUAGUAAUAAUAGUCUAUCUUGGAUUUCCUAUGAAGGGUUUCAAUAUGAGUUUGAUGAAUCUCAAGGUUUGCAAAUCUCU